AUGGCGUCCACUUCAAACUCUGCUCCUAGAGCUGCUGGUUCCACCUUUGCUACUGGUAUCACUGAUCUUCCUGCUGCAGCUCAAAGAUCUCAAGUUCUUUCGACAGUUUGCGCCCAUCAACUCGAAAGAUUCCUCACUGGUGCUAGAGCGCAGCCCCCAGCCACUGUUCCAGAUCCUACAGAUGCUUCAAGAUUCAUCCCUAAUCCAAAUCUUGCUGACUGGAUGCGCUUGGAUCAAUUCUUGAUGAGUUGGCUCUUCAACUCCAUCUCAGAAGCUAUAGUCUUGCAACUUCGUGGAAUGCUUCAGUCAACGAAGAAAGGUUCUACACCUGUGGAUGAAUACAUCCUAAAGAUGAGAUGUUUGGCUGACGCAUUAUAUGCUGCUAGUCAUGCAAUCAGCGAUGAUGAACUCAUAUUAUACAUUCUUGAGGGUCUUGGUAGUGAAUAUGAUUCUGCCAUAGUUGCUCUUACUACAAAACACGCUAUCACUCUCUUUGAGGUUCAAUUCUUGCUGCAAACACAAGAAAUGCGAAUUGAACAACAACACUCUAUUGCUGCCUUGGAUCUUCAAAAUCUAACAGCCAAUUACGCCUUUGCCUUAAAGAAAGCAAGUAGCUCCUCUACACCUUCUAACAACACUAAUCGUGGUCGAGGAUCCUCCAAUGGUGCACGAGGCAGAGGAGGACGUUCCAACCCUAACAAUCGUGGUGGCAAUCGUCCUAUAUGCCAAGUCUUUGGUAGAGCUGGCCACAUUUCUCUUAAGUGCUUCCAUCGAUUUGAUCUUAGCUAUCAAGGUGAGCCAAGCAAUAAUACACCAAAACCUGUUCCAGAUGACUCUCAGGCACUGCUUGCCUCAGCCUCCAUAGUGUUGGGUUUUAUGCCCUAA